AUGCCGCGAUCUGCCGCUGUUUGGGCGGCUGCCCUAUUGAUGGCCAGCAUGUCUGGCUCUGGCCCGAUGCUCACAACAGCAGAGGCUAUGCCUGCGCCAGGACCUGCGCAGACUUUGGACCGCCCUCGAUACUACUUUCCACGCCAUAUCAAGCGACAGAUUGUUACCAAUGCGACUUCAAUAGCGUCACCAACUCCCUCGCCCUCGCCCUCGCCCCUCUCCUCAUCGAGCUCCUCGUCAAGCUACUCGUCGCCACACGACACAGCGCAGCGUGUCACGUCGCGUGACCUUGAUUCCUCCUCCUUUGUAGAGACGCUUUUCCAUGGCUCUUCCGACAACCCAGCGCAACCAUCUCCAAACGGGAUUGCCAGUACCGAGGAUAUUGAGCAUACCCGCUCGUCACCGGUCCCUCUUCCUCCCACUUCUCCUAUAAACAAUACCACCAUGGUUUCUUCGACAAGUUACGUCGCAUCAUCUCCGCUCCCGUCUAGUCCCAUGUCUAGUCCCGCCUCUAAACCGGAGUCACAACCAACGCCGAAGCCCAAUGGUCCAGAUGGGGAGGAACCCAAUGAUGGCGAUGCGAAGCACAGCUCACCUUCAGUGGGCCCAUCGAGCCCUCGCCCUACGUCAAGCCAUCAACCCACUCCAUCGCCUGAGCCCGUUCCAGAGCCGCAACCCGCAAUUCCUCCCCCUUCUCCAAGUUCACCGGCUCCCGCAGCGCCUUCUUACCCGAGUGAACCGGCCCCUGCAGUGUCCUCUCCUGCAUCGCCUUCUCCUUCAGCCCCUCAGGUCGGUGGCACGGGUGGUCUUCCUGAUGUCAUUGUGCAGCCCAGCUCUGCCCCUGCUCCCAGCAGUGCCCCUGCUCCCAGCAGUCCAUCCUCCGCUCCCAGCAGCCCAUCUUCUGCUCCAGAUGCCGGUCAUCCUCUGCUUGGCACCGGCGGCUUGAUCCCUGAUAUCAUUGGCCCCACGGGCUUGCUUCCUGGCAUCAUUAUCCCGCCAACAUCGUCUGCCAAGAGCUCGUCACCUAGCCCAACACCAGUUCCAACGCAACCGCCUCCCCCGACUGGCUCAAACGCCUGA